UUUGAGUUUGGGAUUGUCAUUUGCAGUGGUGAGACAUUUGGCAGCUAUGGAUUACUACGAGGCUAGGGACACUUUUGAAGAACUGGAGAACAGGAAACUAUAUUUUCCCAGAGAAAGUGAAAUACAAAAAUUUUAUUCUGGUAAAAUUGUCUUCAUCACCGGUGGAACUGGAUUUAUUGGGAGUGUUCUCGUAGAAAAACUUCUCAGAUGCUGCCCGAAUAUUGGCAAAAUUUAUUUGUUGCUUCGCGAAAAGCGAAAUAAAAGUGCUGAGGAGCGGAUAGAAAAGAUUUUUGAUAAUGAGAUAUUUUCAAAAGUGAAAAAAAUGGGGGUUGAUUACAAAUCGAAGGUCUGUCUCAUCACGGGAAACUGCGAGUUGUCAAACUGCGGAAUGUCGGAGGAAGACGUAAAUAUUUUGAGAGAUGAAGUUCACAUGAUAUUCCACAUAGCGGCGUGCCUUAGCAUGGACAGCCAUCUCAAAAAGGCUUAUACGAUGAAUGUGAGAGCGACUCAGGAUCUUUUGGAAAUUGCAAAAACAAUGUCAAAACUCGAGGUAUUCAUAUAUGUUUCAACAGCAUAUUCACAAGCACCAAACAAACACAUUGAAGAAAGAUUCUACGACUCUACUUAUAAUGAGGAUCACUUGAAACAUAUUGUAAAUAGCUUCAAUGAUGAAGAAAUUGCAGCCAUCAGUCCUAAGUUGGUCGGACCAUGGGAAAAUACAUAUGGCUUUACAAAGGCAAUAGCAGAAGGUGUCAUUAAAAAGUACUGUGAUAAGCUACCCGUGGUUGUUGCCAGGCCUUCAAUAGUUAUUGGAUGUGACAGAGAACCGUUACAAGGCUGGAUCAACAACGUGUAUGGCGUAACUGGUGUAACAACUGCUGCAUGUUCUGGCUUUAUAAAUGUAUGGUGUAGUGAUGCUGACAAAGUUGCUGAUAUAAUUCCCGCUGAUUAUGCCACAAACCCACUAAUAGUUAUCGCCUGGGAUUAUGUUUGUAACCGGCCAUCAAAUAUUGGGAUGUUUGAACAAAGGAUUUACAAUAUUGUUUGUGAUCCAAGGCGAAAAACCACAUGGGGAGAGUAUAUGGGUCUGGCUGAAGAAAAUGGAGUGAGGGACAAGAUAGCACAAAAUGUUGUAGUCGGAGAGUAUUAUUUCGGCUUGCAAAAGAACAUUCUCUUGUUUUAUCUUACAGUCAUCUUCUUCCACAUACCUCGAGGAUUAGUGUUCGACACAAUUUUGAAGUUGUCUGGGAAAAAACCUAGAUUGAUUAAUGGUUACAUAAAAGUACAACAGUUCAAUUUAAAAAUAAUACCAUAUGGACUUUCUGAAUGGACUUAUGAAAGGCGUAAUUUUACUAGAAUGCUUAAUUCAAUGAGUGAACAAGACAGAGACAUUUUUUAUAUUGACAUGAGUAAAUUAUGUUGGAAGGAAUAUCACACUAAAACCGUCCGUGCCAUCAGGCUAUACCUUUUAAAAGAUCCAUACACCACUUUGGACGCCGCAAGGAAAAAAUAUGAAAAAUUCAUGUAUGCCAGGAGAUUCAUUUUUUGUUUGUUAGGUGGAAUCGGAUUUAAUUUCAUUUUGCCUUUGCUAAAAACUCCUAUAUUUUAAUUUUGUAGAAUUUGGCACUACUGGUCUCCUAGUUUACACAACUUUUAAUUUUAUUCUGACAAUAAAAUGAACAAUUGAAUUAUAA